AUGAAGCGCACGAAGCUCAAUGCGCGCCAGCUCCAGGAAGAGCUCGUCCUGCGCAACGUGAACCCGUUCGGCGUCGUCUUCUCCGAGGCGAGUGAGCGCGAGGCCGAAGCGACGACCGGCGCCUACUGCGCGACCGGCGACCUCGGUGCGCUCGAGUACUGGGAGACCAUCGUCGAAGGCAAGGAUGUCUUCUUCUUUUGCAAGGCGCGCAACGUGAGCCAGUGGGCACCGCCUUGCAGGUACCUCGAGGACGCGGCGCCUCGCGCGGACCCGGACGACGAAGACAUGACGCUGAUCUUUCCGCUCGCUUAUGAAGAGCUCGAUGCCUACCGCCCCGAGACGCCACAUGAGGACGAAACGCCUGCAGUUCCCGAGCCGUCCGAGCCCGUGACGGUCGACUUGGCAACCAAGCUCGCGAUAUUGGCCACCUCGGACCUCGAGUGGGCCUACUUGCGCCCGCUCUUCCAGUUCAAGGGUCGACUCGAUGGCGUCUGGGGCGUCGCCCAGCGAGCUCGCUAUACAAGCGUACCCCACGGGCUCCACGACGAUCAGGAGCACACGCCGAGCGAGGUCGAAGCCAUCUUUGCGUCCAUGGCCCGCAACCUCAUCAUCGCCGAACACAACAUUGAAGUGAGCGUCCAGGAGCACUACGACAUGCCCAAGAUCUACACCGUCGACGACAUCAACCUCGAGCAGCGGCAGAUCUUUGCGACCGCGUGGGCCGACCUUGGCGACCUGGCACUGGCCCGUGACGACGGCGCGACCGCCAUGAACUGCUACCGCCGCUCCAUCUUUUGGUUCCACGACUUUACCGCAUCGUAUGUGAAGGCAGCGGCGCUCUUGACGUCGCUUGCGUACACGGACGACAGCUGCGACGUGCUGGCGGCCAUGCCCCGUGACGAAGCCACGCCGAUCGUGGAGCUUGUGCCCGACCUUGUAUCGCAGUUUCCGCAUUGCAAGCACCUCACCAUGCCGUGGCUAUCGCAGAAGGUGCGCGUCGGCCUCCGGUACAUGGUCGCGAUUCUGGUGGGGACGGGCGUCUUGUAUGGGCUCGCGUACGUCUGCAUUUUGCGCAGGCACGAGGCCCAUGAGACGUCGAUCGACGCACCCGCAAGUGCCCUCCGCAAGCGCGCCAAGCACAUCAAGAAGAAGACGAUAUAA